UUUGUGCUGCUGUCUGGGCAGCAGCAGGAGUCUGGAGAGUGGGAGGAGGGAGAAAACCAAAGAAAGGACAGAAUGAGACUGGAGGGGCUGAGUGGGGAAAAGGACCCAUCUAAAAAAGAGAGGGACAGAGAGCGGAGAUAGAGGAAGGAACACAACCAGAGAGGCGAGAGAGAGAGGUAGAGAAAGAGAGAGAGAGAGAGAGAGAGAGAGAGAGAGAGAGAGAGAGAGAGGGGGGAGGGAGCAAAGAGGGUUAGCUCAUCUAGAGCUGCUAGUGCAAACGUGCAGGGGAGAAGUUGUGGGAAAGUAAACAGAACAGGAGAAUUCCAAUCUGUUUUUCAGCCACUUGCAGCUCUCGCAGGGGACCACAAAGAUGACUGUGCUGGACCCGGCAGUGUGGUAACAACUGAGAGUUUAUGGGAGGCUAUCAGGAUUAAAGUGUCACCAGGGUGCGCCUGAAGCUUCUUGGAGGACAUACUACUGAAGACAAGGAGGGAUUAUGUCUACUGUGAUGUCUCAACAGCAACCACCAAAAGAGGAUGAAGAGGAGGAAGAUGAGGAGCAAGGGGAAGAGUUUUCGUUUGAGGACAGUGAGGAUGAGGAGAAACUUGAGGAGAACAGUAAAGGGAUCACCUCUGACUCUGCUAGAUCUGUCCAGUUGUCGAAGAAGGAGGAGAGUGAGACAUCCGGCAGUGUCUCACAAACAGGCACAGACUGCACACAACUUCUUACACCUGCGCCUCCUGCUGGACAGGAGGGCGUCCUCCCCAAGGAUGUAGCUUCAAUUUCUACUGCAGAUGUUCCAGUUAAUGAGUCACCCAGCGGGGCCUUGGCAGCAGCAGCAGCAGCAGCAGCCGAGCCCAGUACCUCAGCGUCUCGUGUGGGAGAGGAGGUCCGGGGGCUUCCAGUUGUGCUGCCAGCUGUGGAGACGCCGACUGAUUCAGGAGACCACAGCAAAGCAAUCGGCAAGGAAAGCUCCGACUCCAGGGACACCUCUGAAGCUUUGUGUGCGGCUGAAGCCGAGCCACAGACAGAGGAGGCUUCCGAGGUGAUCUAUGAUGAUGUUCCAAGCGAGGACCCCCUCUCUCCCGAUGCAGAUAUGAUCUAUGAAGAUGUUCAGAGAGACAGUGGUCCUCUGGACGCGGACAAUGCGUGGAGCUCCAGUGAGUUCGAAAGCUACGACGAACAGUCCGAUAACGAGACCAAGCUACCAACACGGAGCAAGCGCUCUCCUGAAGUGUGUCGGCUGAGGGAACGCUGUGCCAGGACCAAACGUGAACUGGCCAUGAGGCUGUCUGGCAAGCACAACUAUGACAUCAAGGUUCAGCAGCUCAUGAAGGCGGCGCGAAGCGGAACGAAGGACGGGCUUGAAAAGACCAAGAUAGCCGUCAUGCGAAAAGUUUCCUUCCUCCAGAGAAAAGAUCAAUUGGAAGAGGAGGAUGAUGCGGGAUACCUGGAUGUGGCUGUGUCAGAAGUGAAGCAUCCCCCCCCACAGCUAAGCCCCAUGCCAGAGGGGCUGACCAACCACCAGGUUGUCAGGCGCCAUAUCCUCGGCUCCAUCAUUCAGAGCGAGCGGAGCUACCUGGAGUCUCUCAGGAGAAUCUUGCAGGAAUACCAGAGACCAUUGAUGGAAGCUGAUCCACGCAUCUUAAGCCCAAGAAAGAUCCGGCCUAUAUUUUUCCGAAUGAGGGAGAUCACACAGUGCCACUCCAUGUUUCAGAUUGCACUGGCGUCACGUGUGGCUGAGUGGGACAGCAGUGAGAAAAUCGGAGAUUUAUUUGUUGCCUCGUUUUCCAAGUCCAUGGUGCUGGAUGUAUACAGUGAUUACGUGAACAACUUCACCAAUGCCAUGGCGCUCAUUAAAAAGGCGUGCAUGUCCAAACCAGCUUUUCUGGAAUUCUUAAAGAAGAAGCAGUCAUCUAGUGUUGACCGGAUCACCCUGUAUGGCCUGAUGGUUAAGCCCAUUCAACGAUUCCCUCAGUUCAUAUUGCUCCUGCAGGACAUGCUUAAGAAUACGCCAAAGGGCCACGUGGAUCGUCUGCCCCUGCAGCUUGCUCUGACAGAGCUGGAGAUGCUGGCUGAGAAGCUGAAUGAACAGAAACGAGUCGCCGACCAGAUUGCAGAGACUCAACAACUAGCCCGCAGCGUCAGUGAUCGCCUGCUCAGUAAGCAACUGAACUCGGAGCAGGGGUCACUGGUCCUUUGUGAGACGCUUAUUGAGACUGUGUACGGCGAGCGGGGACAAGUCCUGAAGUCCAAGGAGAGAAAGGUCUUCCUCUUUGAUGAUGUGCUCAUCUGCGCCAACAUAAAUGUCAAGGGGCCUCCGGAUAUCAGCAGCCUGGUCCCUGUCGGCCCCAAGUACACCAUGAAGUGGAGCGCCCCCCUACUGCAGGUGCAGGUGGUUGAGGUGGGGCAGGAGGCGUCUCAAAACAAAGACACCUUCUUCCAACAGAGCGGGGCCAAGCGGCCUAGUGGUGCCUGCACUUCAGGUAAAGCGAUCCUCGGGCCUCCACGGCUCUACCAGGAGCUGCAGGAACUGCAACAUGACCUGUUUGUCGUGGAGGAGGUCACUCUCCUGGUGGGCACGCUGCAGGGGAUGUACCAGAACCUGAACACCACUGUGGCACAGGACUGGUGUCUGGCUCUGCAGAGGCUUAUUCGCAUCAAAGAAGAACAGAUCCAGAGUGCUAACAAAUGUCGCUUACGCCUGCAGGUGCCCGGCAGGCCAGACAAGUCAGGGCGUCCGGUCAGUUUCAUGGUGGUUCUCAACACACCCAACCCCCUUAGUAAGAUCUCCUGGGUCAACCGUCUGCACCUGGCCAAGAUCGCACAACGGGGGGAGAAUUCACCAGGCUGGUUGUGUGGAGAGGACGAGGGGAAGACGAUGGCCCCGUUUUGGUGUCCGCUGCUUGCCUGUCACAUGCCUGUCUUUGCUACAAAGUCCCCAGAGAGAAAGCUUGAAGCUGCCCUCCACAAUCGUGUUCACUGUGCAUUGUUGGGCUUCUCUGCAGCGAGCACCUCCUUACCUCAAGGCUACUUCUGGGUGGCUGGGGGAGAAGGUUCGCAUGGACAUAUCGAGAUAUUUUCCCUCAACAGGCCAACGCCAAGGACUGUAAAGAGCCUGCAGGUAGGCUCCGCUGUCCGAUGUUUGGAUUAUGUGCCAGAACCUUCUCCGACUGAGGAAGUGGAGGCUGGAGUUCACAAGGCCACGUCAGCGAUCGGCGCCAACAUUUGUGUCGGAUUAGACGAUGGACGCAUACUGGUCUAUGGCAGCGUGGACACUGCAGCACAAUGCCUAUUGACCCUCCAUAACCCAGAGGGCUGCCCUGUGCUGUGCCUGAAGCACUCCUCUCGCUUCCUGUUUGCAGGCCUGCGGAACGGGACCAUGAUGGUGUAUGGAAGAAGUGACAACGAUGAUUUUUGGGACCCAGACUCCCGGAGAUGUGUGAGCAUGGGCUCAGAACCGGUGCGGACACUGUUAGUGUUAGACGACUCAGUGUGGGCAAGCUGCGGGAACUCUGUCACAGUCAUGGACAUCUCCAGCCUCACCACUCAGACGUUUGAAGUCCACCCAGACCCAAUGAUCAGCGUGGCACACAUGGCGUGUGCCGGUGGAGGGGUGUGGAUGGCGUUCUCCGAGGGUUCCUCCAUCCGUCUCUUUCAUACUGAAACGCUGGAGCUUCUGCAGGAAAUCAACAUCUCAACACGCUCAACGCUGCUGAACACUGGUCAAAAGAGCAUGCGAGUCACGAGUCUGCUAAUUUGCCAGGGGCUGUUGUGGGUAGGCACUGCCCAAGGCUUAAUUAUCACUCUUCCAGUUCCCAAACUGGAGGGCAUCCCCAAAAUAACAGGAAAGGGAAUGAUCUCUCUAAAUGCCCAUUGUGGGCCCGUGGACUUCCUGGUAGCCACCACCAGCACUCUGUCUCCUGAACUGCUGAAGAGGGAUUCUGUCGUGGAUGGCCCAGACUCUGCCUUCGGAGGCGAGGACCGCAGCGACACCUCCUCUCAGGAAUCCCUGCAACAGUCCUACCAGGGAGAGGGCAGAGGCAAAGGACGCGGCGUCCUGCUGCAGUACAAGCUGCGCUCUACGUCGGGACUGCCCGGGCGGCCGUUAACAGCGCUGGGCGACGAGGCCUCGGACUCCUCCCUGGAGUCUUUGGAGCACAGCGUGGAAGAUGGAUCCAUCUAUGAGCUCAGCGAUGACCCAGAAAUGUGGGUCCGGGGACGUCCUUGCGAGAGGGACGGGGGACGCAGGGACAGGGUGAUCUCUGCAGCGGUUAUCUCUGGAGGCAAGGGCUUCCGUAGACUGAAGGAAGGAGCGGCAGCAGGUACUAGGACAAGUGGCGAGGGUUUAGAGAAUAUUCUUAUGGUAUGGCAGCUCCCACUGACAGUGUGAUAUGGAAAAUAUAUGGCAAGGUGAUGGGUAUUAAUAGAUGUCUACCCAGCUUAGCCUUGAAUCAACCGUUCCAUAUAUUCAAGGGAUUUGAAUAAACACGUACUGUAGGAUGUGAAGGUCUUGCCACCGUUACGGAGCUUGACAUGUUAUGAUUUAGCCUGUGGAAUGAUGAAGGUAAGACGUGCUGUUUACCAGUGGUACUGUCAGCCCAUAGGACGCUCUGAAUGUUCAGGCUUGUGCGUCAUCACCUUCCCAGCAGUGGCAGAGGCCGCCGCUAAUUAUUCGUGAGUGAUUGUUUUGAUCUGGUUCCUCGUCCUGUCUCUGUUACGAUUGAUAUGCCUCGAUUCAACCUCAUCAUUGCGCCGUGUGCUCUGCCACAUUUAUUUUACGCAAAGGACUUGUGUGUGUGUGAGUGCCCACGGACAGCACGCCUUUGAGAGGCAGGCUUUGGUGAAUCUGCCAUGCUCUGCAGAGUCAGUGAUGGACAUAUUUUAUUUGAUCCUGUGGGAGAGAUCCCAUCUGUUUCCAGCUGAAAGCUGGGGACUUCCACCGCAUCACAAAGCACAUUAGCAUCACUUUAUUAGCUCUUAGCCAGCCUAUCUCUCAUCUCAUACAAUGUGAAUGUGCGAUACCUUCUAUUGUGUCUCAAAAUUGAAUCUGUGCUCUCUUUAAAAAAAAAAAAAAAAAGAAAAAAAAAAAAAAGGAUUUAAUAUUUCCUGUUUUGUUGCAGCUGUUGAAAAAACGAUUUUUGGUUAUGGGAAAUUAGUUUCUUCCAAGAGCUUACCAUGCCUUGAUUGAGGAGAAUCAUGGUAGUACAGACUGGCUGCACAACUGUUGUUAAAAAAAAAAACUCAUUUGGAAAACAAAAGUGACACGAGUCAAAGUAUAUAUAUAAUUAUUACAGAUUUAUUUUGAGGAAAAGAAACUUCUUGGUCCCACAUUUUAGAGUUUUAUCUUGCCCAAGUACUGUAAAUGCCAGAUAUCUGUUUCAUCAUUCGCUGUCGUCCAUCAGCUAGAUGAAACAAAUGCGCUCACAGGGUUUUAACACAGCUCACAUUAGCUGGAAACGCCAGUAAUGGAUCAAAAGCAAAGCUCUAUAAACGAAUGAUGAAAUAAAAAGGGCUGCAGCGAUCCAAACUGCUAUCAGCUGUGUGUCGACAGAGGGAACCUACCUAAGAGAGACACCAGUGAGUGCACAUUAUCAGUAAUAUACAUUAUGAUUUGAUUAAAGAUGGUGUAUGACAAUACAUAGCAUACGUCUGUAUUUCAAUUAACAGGCGCUGACGUAUAGUAUUUCUGAUAUCAGCCAGGACACUGAAUCAUGUAAACCUGUUCUCAUCAACACUUGUUUUCAUGCUAAUAUUUGGUAACUAUUUGGAGUUUAAUGCAAAGUAAUAUAAUAAUAUUGUAUCAUCGAGAUAUGUUGAUGCACGUAAACAACAUGUCAUGCCUGUUGGGUGGGAACCUCACAUCUCCAGUUUUAGUGAUUAUCAUGUCUUCAGUUGAUCCGUUGAAAGAUUAGAUGGGUCUGUCUUUAACCUGAGAGGCUUAUAAAAACUCUUUUAACCACCUUUAAUGAUAUGAACAUGCAUUGCCAUUUGGCUUUUUACUUUAGAAAUACAACAGGAGUAUGAUGAAUCGGAGCUGGUAUGAGACGCGUUCAGUGGUACUGUGUGGAAUAUUGUGAAUUUCUUAACUAAGCAUUGGCGGGCUUGUCAAGCAGACAAAUCCAAGUACUUUACAGAACAUAUUUUCCACAGUGUGUUGAACAACAAGUGGAGGCCAUGCAAGGAGCCAAAUAUGAACAUAGCUUUUAUGGAUUUUCAAUAAAGCGAGCGCUGGCGAAGGUAAUGGAAUAUAAUUUUUUCUCCUCCGUUAUCUUCUUCCACACAUGGAAUCUCACCUUAUCCUUUCAUCAUAGAGGAAGCGUAAAGUUCAUGUUUUGUAUUUCCCUGAGGCACACCUGAGGUUUAUUUCCCCUUGUUCUUUUCCUUCUCACAACUGAAGUUCUAAAGCGUUUAAAACAUCCUGCUGUCAACCAGAGUCAUACAUCAAACAUGUAAAGCUCAAUGUCACGUCAGAAAUGUAAAACUCUUAACUCGUGUGAGAUUCAUCGCUGCUGGAGCCACAACUCAACGCCCUAAUGGUUACUAUAGAGGUGCCGUAGAGUCUCACAAGCUGAUCCGCUGAACAUCUGAGACUUCAUCACUAAAGUAUAGAGACCUUUGAUGGACAUUGACUCAUGCAUUUCAUUUGCUUACACUACAUGUGUACAGGUAUUACCCAUGCACUGAAUAUUAAUACUUAUGAAUGUACGUACUGUGCUACUAAUCACAACCGUUACUGUACUAAUGAAACGUGUUCCCUUUUGUAAAGAGGACUGCAACAGUGUUGAUGUUUUAGAUGAGACUGUAUAAGGCACGGUGUAUGCAAUUUUAUUUUCCUGUGGUGUUAAAGGAGAAGUCCCGUUUAUUACAAAGUGGAUCUUUUGGCCGUCACUUAUAAUAACACGUACUCCACAGGUUAUUUGCUGGGAUCUGGGAACAUGGUGGCACUGGUAAAAACAUAGGUCUGGUGAGAUAAGAAACACAAACACUCAGAUGAUCAUACAGGUUUUAAACAAAUACCCUGGAUAGCCGGACUUAUUUAAAAAAAAAUAAAUAAAUAAAUAAUAAAAUAGUGGGGCACCUGGGUAGCUCACUUGGUAGAGCGUGCGCCCCAUGUACAGAGGCUCAGUCCUCGCUGCAUGGGCUGCUGGUUCAUUUUCUGACCUGCGGCCCUUUGCUGCGUGUCAUUCCCCCUCUCUCUCCCCUUUCAUGUCUAAGCUGUCCAAUCAAAUAAAGGCCUGAAAUGCCCAAAAAAUUAAUCUUUUAAAAAAUUAAAUAAAAAAAAUUGUUUACCUAAAUCGUCUGUUGUAAAACUGUCGGUUGCAGUCUACCAACUUUGACCUACCAUACCAUACCGUUUCCCUGUGCAACGAGGCAUGUGUACUCUUACGAUGGCUGUGUUGACCUUUAGUUUUACCGCCUGUUGUACAACUGUUGCCGUGUUUACAACCUGUGUGAUCACACAUCCGACUGCUCGUUUCUUAACCCGUCAGCCUUUGUUGUACUGUAGCGAUAUCUCCCUGAUAACUUCGGUGAGUACAAAAUUACAACAACUGAUUGAAAUGAUGGCCAAACCUACAAAAGUAUGGUUACAAAAGACGAGUCAUAAACCGGAAUUAUCCUUUAAGCAAAAGUAUUACACCUAAAGGGGAACUACGCCCAUUUGUUUUUGAAAUUCAUACAUGUUACUCCUAUGGUCUAAGACAGUCCAAAAAUAGUAGUAGACAUGAACCUAAAUCCAAAAACUAGAGUGCUAAAACUCAAAUAUGUGAUGUCAUCAAGUAUAAAGUAGAAAAUGAACUGGAAGAUGUUCUAGAUGACACUUAGAGCCCCUAUAGUACAUGGCUAUAUUUUCUGUUUCAAAAGUGAGAACACUACAAUAGAAUAAAGCUCAUUUGGGUAUAAAAAAAAUAAAUGUCUUCCAUUCAUUGUCCACGGAGCAGCUUCAGACUCUAUACUUGAUGGCAUCACAAGUUUGAGACUUACUCUGGUUUCUGGCUUUGAGAGGGAGUAGCUCAUAGCAGUUCACAAAUAUUGAUCAAACUUUUCUAGGCCAUUGAGAUAACAUAUUGGAAGUCUUAAUUUAGGUGGUGUUCCCCUUUAAUGCUGCCACAUGCAUGUGGAAACAGUGCUCAUUUCCUUUUGGUACAAUACUUGAAUGGUAUGUGUCUAAACAUUGUCUAACAAGCUUAUGCUAAAUUAAAAACACGUUUAAACUUGA